GCACUAAAGAAUGUUGAUGGGAGAGCCAUUUCCCCAAUUUUCAAAUAAUUGAGCUGGUUGCCAUGAUGGAUGAUCAGCAAGCUUUGAACUCAAUCAUGCAAGAUUUGGCAGUUCUUCAUAAGGCCAGUCGACCAGCAUUAUCUUUACAGGAAACCAGAAAAGCAAAAUCAUUAUCUCCAAAAAAACAGAAUGAUGUUCGAGUCAAAUUUGAACACAGAGGAGAAAAACGUAUCCUUCAGUUCUCCAGGCCAGUUAAACUGGAAGAUCUAAGAUCUAAAGCUAAAAUUGCCUUUGGACAGUCUAUGGAUCUACAUUAUACCAAUAAUGAGUUGGUAAUUCCAUUAACAACCCAAGAUGACUUGGACAAAGCUGUGGAAUUGCUGGAUCGUAGUAUUCAUAUGAAAAGCCUGAAGAUCUUACUUGUAAUAAAUGGAAGUACACAGGCUACUAAUUUAGAACUGUUGCCAUCACUAGAAGAUUUAGAUAACACAGUAUUUGGAGCAGAGAGAAAAAAACGGCUUUCUUUAAUAGGUCCCACUAAUAGAGAUAGAAGCUCCCCUCCUCCAGGAUACAUUCCAGAUGAAUUACAUCAGGUUGCCCGGAAUGGGUCAUUCACAAGUAUCAACAGUGAAGGAGAGUUCAUUCCAGAGAGCAUGGACCAAAUGCUGGACCCAUUGUCUUUAAGCAGUCCUGAAAAUUCUGGCUCAGGAAGUUGUCCAUCACUUGAUAGUCCUUUGGAUGGAGAAAGUUAUCCAAAGUCACGAAUGCCUAGAGCACAAAGCUACCCAGAUAAUCACCAGGAAUUUUCAGAUUAUGAUAAUCCCAUUUUUGAGAAAUUUGGGAAAGGAGGAACAUAUCCAAGAAGAUACCAUGUAUCAUAUCACCACCAAGACUAUACUGAUGGUCGUAAAACGUUUCCAAGAGCCAGAAGGACUCAAGGGACCAGCUUCCGAUCUCCUGUUAGUUUCAGUCCUACUGAUCACUCCUUAAGUACUAGUAGUGGAAGCAGUAUCUUUACCCCAGAGUAUGAUGACAGUCGAAUAAGAAGAAGGGGAAGUGACAUAGACAAUCCUACUCUAACUGUAAUGGACAUCAGUCCUCCCAGCCGCUCACCUCGUGCUCCGACCAACUGGAGAUUGGGCAAACUACUUGGUCAGGGAGCCUUUGGCAGGGUCUACCUCUGUUAUGAUGUUGAUACAGGAAGAGAAUUAGCUGUUAAACAAGUUCAGUUUGAUCCUGACAGCCCUGAGACCAGCAAGGAAGUCAAUGCACUUGAGUGUGAAAUUCAGUUGCUGAAAAACUUGCUGCAUGAGCGAAUUGUUCAGUAUUAUGGCUGCUUGAGGGAUCCCCAGGACAAAACCCUCUCCAUAUUUAUGGAAUAUAUGCCAGGGGGUUCAAUUAAGGACCAAUUAAAAGCAUAUGGAGCUCUUACUGAAAAUGUGACUAGGAAAUACACCCGUCAAAUUCUGGAGGGCGUCCAUUAUUUGCACAGUAAUAUGAUUGUUCAUAGAGAUAUCAAAGGUGCAAAUAUUCUGAGAGAUUCAACAGGUAAUGUCAAGCUUGGAGAUUUUGGAGCCAGCAAGAGACUGCAAACCAUAUGCCUUUCAGGGACAGGAAUGAAGUCUGUCACCGGCACACCAUAUUGGAUGAGCCCUGAAGUAAUUAGUGGAGAAGGUUAUGGUAGAAAAGCAGAUAUCUGGAGUGUGGGGUGUACUGUGGUAGAAAUGCUAACUGAAAAGCCUCCUUGGGCAGAAUUUGAAGCAAUGGCUGCCAUCUUUAAGAUUGCCACUCAGCCAACAAACCCAAAGCUGCCACCUCAUGUCUCAGACUAUACUCGGGAUUUCCUCAAACGGAUCUUUAUAGAGGCCAAACUGAGACCUUCAGCCGAUGAACUCUUAAGGCACAUGUUUGUGCAUUAUCACUAGCAGCCAGUAACCUCUUCUGUGCCUCUACUCAGCUCCCAUCUAUUCAUUCACCUUCUCUCUGACUGCACUUUUCUUUUUUAUAAAAAGAGAGAUGGGGAGAAAAAAUAGACAAGAGGGAAAGUAUUUCUCUUGAUUCUUUGUUAAAUUUGUUUAAUAAUAAUAAUAAUAACCUAAAUUUUUUAUAUUUAAUCCUUUUUUCCUUUAAAGAACUUGAAACUUUUUUUUUAAUUUUUAUAAUGUACUGAUGUGGUUCAGAGAGAUAAAGCACUUUAGUACAGUCACUCUUUGUAGUAUAAACAAAUCAUUUGGAAUACCUAAAGAUUGUAUAGCGUCUUUCCCUGUAGCACAACAGAUUGGUGGUAAAGGGGAGACAUGGAAAACAAGGAGAAAUGGUGUAUAAUUUGUAGUUUUUAGUGAUAGUAUUUAAAGUACAUCCUCAUCUGUGGGGUUGAGCCCUAAACUUGAGUUUAGGAUAGGUACUCAACUUAAAGAAUAUAGGUUCAUUCUUUUAUCUAUAUUCUUUAGAUCUUAACCUGUCUACCAAGCUUUUAGCUCAGUAGGAAUCUUGAUAGAAAAUAUAAAUCUUUAAGAGGUAUGUU